UAAUAAGAAAAACAAAAGGAUUCUAUCUAGUCGUUUAAUCCGCUUAGGUGUCAAACGCUGAUUGGUCUUCGGAACUCCGCCCGCUUCAUAUUCGUCCCAGGAGCUGCAGAAAAUAUCAUUGCGCGGGUAUUUAAGAAAAAUUAUAGCGGAUAAUUGAUUCCUCUUUGUUGCCACUGCUUCUUCAUCUUCUCCACCGAUUUCUUCAAUCUUCAUUCGUUUCAAUGGCGCUAGGGUUUCAUCUGAAUUAGAGGCACUGCUCGCUCCAAACGGAACCAUGAGUUUCUCGCUNGCANCUCCUUCGGCUUUUCGCGNGAAUCUCCUCCCUCCUCUGUCCCGCUGCACCUCUUGCUUCGAAUUUGAUCUCCGUUUUCACCGCUCCCACGGCUUUCCUCAUUCGCGUUGUCGGUUUACUUCGUUCAAGUUGUUUCGGAACNNGAGAUCGAGCCGGAGAAGAGGGAUUGCUUGUAGUGUUACUGAGCCACAAAACGGCAGCGACNAGCAGGAGAAAGAAGCAUAUAAAAANGAAGAAACACUACCUUCGGAAGAUUCCUCUGUGCAAAGUACCUCUCCUCCUGUAGAUGGAGAACAACUAAACGAAUUUAGUGAUGCAAAUAAGGAUCAAAGUGACGUGCAGGUAAUGUUUGGCUUAGUGAAUUUCCCUUAUAAGUUUGAUUAGAUGCAAAUNCGUUGCCAAAGGUUGUUCUGUACGCACACAUGCACUCUCUUUUCAUUGUUUAUUAUCUUAUUGUCGAAGACUUCUAUAAAAGCUGUUACUCACAGACAUAAUGUACUCAGGAAUUUAUCUUAUGCCAUUAAUUUCUUUUCUUUUUUACUUAUAAUGNGUAAAGGAGUUUUUNUUAAGCUGUGAUAAAAUAUUUUUAAUAAGUCUGCGUCACCACCAUUUGUCAAAAACUAAAUCCUUAAAAUGGUACCUAGUUUUGCCACUCUUAUUCCAUCAAUUUUGUAUGCUACUAUA